AUGACGUCGUUAGGGAAUCAUGACGGUAUGCAACCUUCCCUCACGAGACGAGCCUCCCGCAGUGCCACCACCACCUUCUCGAUGGAGGUGUUCGACACUGAAGUCGUGCCUUCCUCUCUCCAAUCAAUUGCCCCCAUUCUCCGAGUCGCCACUGAAAUUCAGAACGAACGCCCCCGUGUUGCCUACCUAUGUCGGUUUUAUGCUUUUGAAAAGGCACACAGAUUGGAUCCUAAUUCUAGUGGACGUGGUGUGCGCCAAUUCAAAACCAGCCUCCAUCAAAGACUUGAAAGGGAAAAUGCAUCAACUCUAGCGUCUCGGGUGAAGAAGACGGAUGCUCGCGAAAUCGAAAGCUUUUACAAACAAUACUACGAGCACUAUGUGGUGGCGCUCAACAAGGGUGAACAAGCUGACAGAGCCCAGCUGGGGAAAGCUUACCAGACAGCUGGUGUGCUGUUUGAAGUGCUUUGUGCUGUUAAUAAGACCGAAAAAGUCGAGGAAGUUGCUCCUGAGAUCAUGGCUGCAGCUAAUGAUGUCCAGGCGAAGAAGGAAAUAUAUGCUCCGUACAAUAUUCUUCCCAUGGAUUCUGCUGGGGCAAAACAGUCAAUUAUGCAGCUGGAAGAGGUGAAAGCGGCCGUGGCUGCUCUACAAAACACCCGUGGAUUGACAUGGCCAUCCUCAUUUGAGCAACAAAGGCACAAAGCUGGGGAGCUUGACCUCCUUGAUUGGCUGAGAGCCAUGUUUGGGUUUCAGAGAGACAAUGUUAGCAACCAAAGGGAGCAUUUAAUACUACUGCUCGCGAAUAUUCACAUACGGCUAAUCCCCAAGCCUGAACCACAAAACAUUCUCGACGAUCGAGCUGUUGAUGCCCUGAUGAAUAAGCUUUUCAAGAACUACAAGACAUGGUGUAAAUACUUGGGAAGAAAACACAGCUUAAGACUCCCAAAGGGUCAACCAGAUGUGCAGCAGAGAAAAAUACUUUAUAUGGGUCUUUAUCUUCUUAUAUGGGGUGAAGCAGCUAAUGUCCGCUUCAUGCCUGAAUGCAUAUGCUACAUUUUCCACAAUAUGGCAUAUGAGCUCCAUGGACUCUUAGCUGGGAAUGUUAGCAUUGUCACGGGAGAAAACAUCAAGCCUUCCUAUGGCGGGGAAGAUGAAGCCUUCUUGCGGAAAGUCAUAACACCUAUUUAUCAAGUGAUUGAAAAGGAAUCCAAGAAAAGCAAAAACGGGAUAGCCCCUCACACCGCCUGGUGCAACUAUGAUGAUUUAAAUGAGUACUUCUGGUCAACAGAUUGCUUCCAUUUGGGUUGGCCAAUGCGUGAUGAUGGUGAGUUUUUCAAAUCAACACGAACUGUGACACAGGGGAAAGGUGGUUCGAGAAAACCAGCCGGCAAGCUGGGCAAAUCAUUCUUUGCAGAAACUAGGACGUUCUGGCACAUUUUUCGGAGUUUUGAUCGUUUGUGGACAUUUCUUAUUCUUUCGCUACAGAUCAUGAUUAUCAUCGCAUGGAGUAGAGUUUCUGUAUUUGAUCUCUUCCAGAGGAAAACCUUAUAUGACUUGUCUAGCAUUUUUAUCACGUCAGCCUUUCUUCGUCUCCUUCAGAGCAUUUUGGACAUCAUUCUAAACUUCCCGGGCUUCCUUAGGUGGAAAUUUACUACAGUUCUGAGGAGCAUCCUCAAGAUAAUUGUCAGCCUAGCUUGGUCUAUCAUCCUCCCUGUGUGUUAUUUGGUCCAGAUCAAGUCAUCUUCAUUUUCCCAAAUCAAAGAAGUGCUCUCUUUUCUUGAUAGACUUAAGGGUGUGCCGCCUUUGUACAUAAUGGCGGUGGCUAUAUACCUGCUACCGAACUUAUUGGCUGCAAUCUUGUUUGUUUUCCCGAUGCUGAGACGCUGGAUUGAGAAUUCCGACUGGCAUGUUAUAAGGUUUCUACUGUGGUGGUCACAGCCAAGAAUCUACGUGGGACGGGGGAUGCAUGAAAGUCAAUUUUCACUUAUAAGAUAUACUUUAUUCUGGGUGCUGCUUCUCUGUUCGAAAUUCGCAUUCAGCUAUUUUAUGAUGAAUCAUCUUCUCUACUCUGGUCAUACCAAUAAUCUUAUAUACUGUGCAGCUAGGAACAACUAUGGAGCUGUUGUUGCACUGUGGGCACCAGUUAUUAUGGUUUACUUCUUGGACCUUCAGAUUUGGUAUUCUGUGUUCUCGACAUUGUAUGGAGGCUUUAUAGGUGCUUUUGAUCGUCUCGGUGAGAUCCGAACUCUUGCAAUGUUAAGGUCCCGUUUUCAGUCAUUACCGGCUGCAUUCAACACUAGCCUGGUGCCUUCUGACAAAUCCAGAAGAAGAGGGUUUUUCCAUUCGAAAAACAAUAAGGUCAAUGCAAGUAGGAGAAGUGAGGCUGCUAAGUUUGCACAGUUGUGGAACGACAUGGAUCUGCUUCUUGUUCCUUACUCGUGCGAUCCUAGCCUGAAAAUAAUUCAGUGGCCCCCUUUUCUUCUCGCCAGCAAGAUUCCAAUAGCACUAGAUAUGGCUGUUCAAUUUCGGUCUAAGGAUGCUGACCUCUGGAAGCGAAUAUGUGCUGAUGAGUAUAUGAAGUGUGCUGUAACCGAAUGCUAUGAGUCAUUUAAACAUGUUUUGAAUGCCUUGAUAGUCCGAGAGACGGAGAAAAGGUUCAUUGGAACCAUCAUUAAAGAAAUAGAAAGCAACAUGUCAAAGGGCAGUCUCCUUGCAAAUUUCAGAAUGAAGCACUUACCUGGCCUUUUCAAGAAAUUUGUGGAGCUUGUGGAGAUAUUGAAAGAAAGUGAUCCAUCCAAGAAAGAUAGAGUUGUUUUACUGAUGCAGGAUAUGUUAGAAGUAGUUACCCGUGACAUGAUGGUGAAUGAGAUCCGUGAACUUGCCGAGCUUGGUCAAGUUGGAAAUCAACUUUUUGCUAGCAUUAACUUCCCUCCCCCAAAUACCGCACAAUGGGAAGAACAGAUACGACGCCUCUAUCUGCUUCUUACUGUUAAAGAAUCCGCAGUUGAUGUCCCAACAAACCUCGAAGCACGUAGGAGGAUAGCAUUCUUCUCCAAUUCACUCUUUAUGGAUAUGCCACGUGCACCUCGGGUUCGCAAAAUGUUGUCAUUCAGUGUAAUGACCCCAUACUACAGCGAGGAGACUGUUUACUCCAAAAGUGACCUUGAAAUGGAAAAUGAAGAUGGCGUGUCUAUCGUAUAUUACCUUCAAAAGAUAUUCCCCGAUGAAUGGAACAACUUCAUGGAGCGUCUAAACUGCAAAGAAUCUGAAAUUUGGGAAAAUGAAGAAAACAUACUGCAACUACGCCACUGGGCAUCCUUGAGAGGACAGACCCUUUGCAGAACAGUCAGAGGCAUGAUGUAUUACCGAAGGGCCUUGAAACUUCAGGCUUUUCUUGAUAUGGCUACAGAAGAUGAGAUACUUGAAGGCUACAAAACCAUUACAGAACCAUCAGCAGAAGAUAAGAAGAGUCAGAGAUCCAUGUAUACACAAUUAGAGGCUGUGGCUGACAUGAAAUUCACAUAUGUUGCCACCUGUCAAAACUAUGGGAACCAGAAACGAAGUGGAGAUCGUCGUGCGACAGACAUUUUAAAUCUGAUGGUUAAUAAUCCAUCUCUUCGAGUAGCAUAUAUAGAUGAAGUUGAGGAAAGGGAAGGUGGGAAAAACCAAAAGGUUUAUUAUUCUGUAUUGGUAAAAGCUGUUGAUAAUCUUGAUCAGGAAAUCUACCGCAUAAAAUUACCCGGGUCCGCAAAGAUAGGAGAAGGGAAACCUGAAAAUCAAAACCACGCUAUUAUCUUCACGCGUGGGGAGGCUCUUCAGACCAUUGACAUGAAUCAGGACAACUAUUUGGAAGAAGCUUUUAAGAUGCGCAACCUACUUGAGGAAUUUAACGAGGAUCAUGGGGUGCGCGCACCUACAAUCCUGGGUGUUCGCGAGCAUAUUUUCACUGGAAGUGUGUCAUCAUUGGCUUGGUUUAUGUCGAAUCAAGAAACAAGUUUUGUCACCAUUGGCCAGAGAGUUCUUGCAAGACCUCUGAAGGUGAGAUUCCAUUAUGGACAUCCAGACGUUUUUGACAGAAUUUUCCAUAUGACACGUGGUGGCAUCAGUAAAGCUUCAAGGGGGAUCAAUCUUAGUGAGGAUAUUUUCGCUGGUUUUAAUACAACUCUAAGACGUGGAAAUGUUACUCAUCACGAGUAUAUUCAAGUCGGGAAGGGGCGUGAUGUGGGUCUGAAUCAGAUUUCACUUUUCGAGGCGAAAGUUGCAUGUGGUAAUGGAGAACAGACAUUGAGCCGUGAUAUCUACAGAUUGGGUCACCGUUUUGACUUUUUCCGCAUGUUAUCAUGUUACUAUACAACCAUUGGGUUCUACGUCAGCUCAAUGUUGGUGGUCCUGACGGUGUACACUUACCUUUACGGCAAGUUGUACCUGAGCCUGAGUGGGCUGGAGCAGAGCAUCGUCCACUUUGCGAAGUCCAAGGGAGACGAUGCCCUUAGCGUGGUGAUGGCCUCACAGUCAAUUGUCCAGCUCGGCUUCCUCAUGGCCCUCCCCAUGGUGAUGGAGAUCGGCCUCGAGAGGGGCUUCCGCACGGCGGCCAGCGACAUCAUCAUCAUGCAGCUCCAGCUGGCUUCCGUUUUCUUCACCUUCUCCCUCGGCACCAAGCUCCACUACUUCGGCCGCACCAUCCUCCACGGCGGGGCCAAGUAUCGGGCCACGGGCCGUGGCUUUGUCGUGAGGCACGAGAAAUUUGCCGAGAACUACAGGAUGUACUCAAGGAGCCACUUCACGAAGGCACUCGAGCUCAUGGUCUUGCUCGUGGUAUACCAGGCGUACGGCUCGGCCGGGGACUCCACAGCUUACGUGUUUGUGACAUUCUCCAUGUGGUUCCUCGUGGUCUCAUGGCUGUUUGCGCCAUUUCUAUUUAACCCGUCUGGCUUCGAGUGGCAGAAAAUAGUGGAUGACUUUGAGGAUUGGGCCAAGUGGAUGAGCAGCCAGGGGGGAAUUGGUGUGCCAGCGACCAAGAGCUGGGAGUCCUGGUGGGCUGAGGAGCAGGAGCAUCUUCAAUACACAGGAUUGCUCGGGAGGUUUUUGGAGAUUCUUCUCUCUCUCAGGUUCUUCGUGUACCAGUAUGGUAUUGUUUAUCAGCUGCAUGCAGCCCAAAAUGACAAGAGCAUUAUGGUUUAUGGUUUAUCUUGGCUGGUCAUUGUCGCCGUGGUAGUCAUUUUGAAGAUUGUGUCCAUGGGGAGGCAAAAGUUCAGUGCUGAUUUCCAGCUGCUUUUCAGGCUCCUGAAGCUAUUCCUUUUCAUCUCCUUCAUUGUCAUACUAUUCGUCUCCAUAAAGUUCCUGGAGCUCACUGUUGGUGACAUUUUCGCCUGCUUAUUGGGCUUCCUGCCGACAGGAUGGGCUCUUCUGCAGAUAGCCCAAGCUUGCAGGCCCGUAGCGAAGGGACUGGGAGCAUGGGGAUCUGUGAAAGCACUGGCAAAAGGUUAUGAGUACAUAAUGGGUUUGACCAUAUUUGCUCCAGUUGCCAUUUUGGCCUGGUUCCCAUUUGUUUCCGAGUUCCAGACGAGGCUGCUUUUCAACCAGGCCUUCAGCAGGGGUUUGCAGAUUCAGCGUAUUCUGGCCGGUGGAAAGAAAAACAAGUGA